GAGAGAGGAUCGAUAUUUCGUCGUUUAUUUCGACACCCAUCGCGACGUUUUAUCUCUUUCGAUUUUUUUCCCCUCCUCGUUUCUACAAUCGAUAACACAAUUCGGUUCGAGUUGAAGCGCGAGAACAGAUGGCUAGAAGGAGACGUUAAAAUCGCGAUGUCAAAAUGACGUCCCGCGCGCGUCAUCGUGCGAGCUCGAUGUAUGAAUCUCUCAAUACUACGAGAAAAAGCUUCUGAUGUCUCGCUGUUAGUGCCAAUGAUACGUCACAUUGAAGGUUGAGUUGGUUGAGUGUGGCCUGUAUGUGCAGAUAAAAGAGUAUAAGCUCCACAAUGUGGUCUUUCUUCUCGAGAGAUCCCGCCAAAGAUUUUCCGUAUGACAUUGGGGAGCCUAUCCCAGGCUUGGAGAACAAAAGUAUCUGGACGAUACAUAGAGCUAAAAGAAAGGGCACCACAGUGGGCGAGGAUGUUUCAGUUUUCGUUUUCGAUGUCAAAAAUGGAGGGGAACAGCAAUUGGAUAUUGCUCGUUCGGCUGUGAAAAGACUUAAAACGCUUAGACACCCUAGUAUACUUGCGUAUCUUGACAGUCUUGAGACUGAUAAAAUGGUUUACUUAGCCACAGAGCGUGUGGAGCCAUUGUAUAAUCGUUUGACGCAAAAAUGUAAUUCCGAAAAUGAGUCUAAGAAGGAGUUGUACUUUUCCUGGGGUAUAUUUCAAAUCACAAGGGCACUUAACUUCUUAAAUAACGACGGGAAUUUACGGCAUAAUAAUGUCAAUCUGUGGACAGUGUUCGUUAAUGAAGAGAGCGGCGAAUGGAAACUCGGUGGGGUCGAGUAUAUGACGGCUGUGGACACACCAUACAAUUUUUUACCUUCUCUUUUCCAAGUGUAUCAACCACCAGAGGCUAAGGAAGGCACAAAGCCUACAACUAAAUGCUCAGUUGAUAUGUGGGGACUGGGCUGUCUGAUUUGGGAAACGUACAAUGGCACCCUCAAUACCACUUCGCAACUUAAAAUCACGGGUCAAAUUCCAAAGCAAAUAACGAUGGUAUAUAGAGAGCUAACGGGAGCUAAUCCAGAAGGAAGACCGAAUCCCGCAGACGUGAUAGCGCGUUGUCGCAGUAACGGUGGCUUCUUUAAGAACAAUCUUGUUGAUGCUCUUUUAUUCCUGGAAGAGAUUCAGAUGAAGGAAAGAGGCGAGAAAGGACGAUUCUUUUCGCAAUUGGCGGCACAAUUGGAUUCGUUUCCCGAUGGUGUUGGCCGGUACAAGAUUUUACCGCAAUUACUGGCCGCUUUCGAGUUCGGGGACGCCGGAAGUGCUGUGUUACCGCCGUUGCUGCAACUAGGCUCUCAAUUACCUGACGCUGAGUACCAACGUCGAGUGGUACCCUGCGUUGUUAAGUUAUUCGCAUCGAACGACAGAGCGACGAGAUUACGAUUGCUACAACAGUUGGAUCGAUUUGUUGAUCACUUGCAAUCAGCUACAGUUAAUGAAGCCAUUUUUCCUCAGGUAGCAAGGGGCUUCCUCGACACAAAUCCGGCAAUCAGGGAAGAAACGAUAAGAUCGGUCGUACAUUUAGCACCAAAAUUAGAUUAUAACAAUCUUAAUGUUGAGACUUUAAGAUACUUUGCGAAACUUCAGUCGAAAGACGAACAAGGCGGUAUUCGCACAAAUACCACAGUUUGCCUUGGAAAAAUUGCUCAACAUCUUCAUCCUCAGAUAAGGCAGAAAGUAUUGAUUGGAGCGUUUAUCCGUGGAACUCGCGAUUCUUUUCCUCCAGCCAGAAUUGCGAGUAUACUAGCUCUAGCCGCAACGCAGCAAUAUUUUUUACUGCAGGAAGUUGCAAAUCGCAUUUUACCGGCUCUAUGUCCGCUUACCACGGACGUGGACAAAGGUGUUCGAGACAAUGCAUUUCGAAUCAUCCGAGGUUUCUUAUCGAAACUUGAAACGGUCUCCGAAGAUCCUGGUCUUCGCGAAUCAAUGGAGGCGGAUGUGAAUACUGCGACUCCUAGUCUUAGUAAUGCCGCAGCGACAUGGGCCGGAUGGGCCGUUACAGCCGUUACGGCGAAAUUUUAUCGCAGUCAGUCAGAUACGCCAAAAUCGUCAAAUGCUCAUAGCACAUCUAGGAUCUUGUUAAAUAAACCUGCUUCCUUAGAACAAGCCAGUAGUUCCCAGAGCAGCGCUAGUACUACUGCCACAACAAGCAGCGCAACAAGCAUGACUUCCCUCGAUCCCGAUCACGAGCACGAUACGCAAAAUACUCAAAAUACAAAUUCUGAUUGCGAUUGGGAUUGCUGGGAUGCCGAUAAUUGGGGAGAUAUGGAGCAACAGUCCACCGCUACACCAUCGGUGCCAUUGAAUCCAGCCAGUAAUAUAUCACCGUCCGGCCAUUCUCCUAAGGCUAAUGAACAGUGGACCAGCCUUGAGGAAGAACCGGAGGAAGAAACAACCCAAGGUGUUCAAGACAAAAAUGAUUCUUCCGAGGUAGGGUGGGAAGAUUCGGAGUUUCAAUCUUUUGAUGAUGUUCAGCCCUUAGACCAACCAAGCGUUCCUAGUGGAAACAAUAAGUAUGAAGAGGCGAGAAGAAAAAGAGAAGAGCGCAAAUUGGCCAGACAAAGGCAGAUGGAGGCGAAACGGGCGGUGAAAUUGCGAGCCAAUCCAGCUGCGAAGAAGAUUUAAGUGAAUCAAGUAAACGCGCCUUGAUACGUACGCAGUACCAUGGACUGGAUUACCAUUACCGAUAGAUAAGGCCGCGAUAAGCCUGUUACUAUAAAUGAGACUGUUCGGUGGUGUUCUCACAGUGGAAGCGCAUAUUGAGAUAAUUGGCAUUGUUAGUCUCCCGCUUGAAGCCUAUGUUCUCAUAGAAUGGCACCAGACGAUCAACACAGUCCAAGGAUAAUUUGUAACAGUGAAAGUAGCGCGCUAAUUGCACUACGAUUGUCACUACUAAUUUUCCCAACGAUUUGCCUCUGUAAUUGUUGUUGACCACUACGUCUUCCAGGCGUCCUCGCUAUAACAGACAUAUGCGUAUAUGAGAUAUAUAUUCUAUAUCUAUUUAUAAGAUACAUAGGCUGUGUUCUGAUAUUCACUGCCAGUACUGAAAAUCUAUAGUUCACAUUAUGUGUACUAUAGAUUUUCAGUACUAGAAGUGAAUUUUGAAACGCAACCACAAAAUUACGUACCAAACUACAAUUAUGAAUAAACUUUUGCUCCACGACUAA